AUGCCACUCGCCACGGACCAGAAGAAGAAAUUGUUCAUCGUCCAGGUGGUUUGCCUCGUGAUUCUCUGGGUCUUCGUCGUACCGCUCAGGAUAUGGUCCAGAAUUUUGACUAAACGGGGCCGGUCAUGGAAAGAGCUACCUUGGGUGGAAGAUGCACUUAUGCUGCAAGCCCUGCUGCUUUAUACCUUAAUGGCGGGCUUCGCCCUUCAGGGCAUCAUAGACGGCGGAAUCGGCAAACACGCCUCUGAAAUGGGCGCACACGAGGCAUAUGUAGCCUUUCGCGCGUGGUUCAUUUGCGAACUGAUAUACGGCCCGCUUAGCGCGUUGGUGAGGACGUCGAUCGCACUGCUGAUAUUGCGUUUCAGCCCUUCAAAGACUCAAAAAUGGAUCCUCUACGCCUGCCUGGGAAUCGUGUACACUUUCACCAUUGUGUACUUCUUCAUCAACCUACUACAAUGCAGCCCGCCGUCGUACUUUUGGAUGCAAUUCGAGAAUUUCAACAUGGAGGGAUCGUGCGGCAAUCCGCAUCUAUUACCCAAUGCUGCAAUCGCACAUAGCGUAAUCGACGCCGUCAGUGAUUUGACCAUAUCCGUCCUGUCUGCUUGCACAAUAAAGAAAAAUCUCAUGGGCUCUCCUACGAUUACUACAUCAGACGAGAAACCUCAACAAAACAAGAUGAGGACAAAGCUUACAGAACUGAGACGAAACAAGACAAAGAUGGUCAUCAUGCUGUUUUUGGUCCUGGGCGGCGCUGCUGGUGGAGUGAUGCUGGUUCGCAUCCGUUAUAUUAGGAUCCUGGAAAUUACACCGGACUUCCUGUACAGAACUGUUGACGUUGCUAUGUGGUCCCUCAUUGAGCCCUGUGUGGGAAUAUUGGCAGGCAGCUUGCCAUACAUUAGAUCACUACCAAUUUUCCACCGCCGCCCGAGAAAAGCAGCGACCCUACGCUGUACGCAAGUCAACUAUUUGCCUUCUGCCACCGAGAUAAUGGUUAAAAGUGAUGUUGAGGUAGACAUCAGGUCAGCAACACCGUAUGACGACCUGGGCACCAGAGCGAGGAUCAACGAAAAAUUGCUGGACGACACAUCGCCCGAGGAAAAGCGAGUGCGUUAA